AUGGGUUUGUUUGGUCUGUUUGAGUUGGAAUUCAACCCAGAGUUUCCCGAUGAUCAUGUUUACACUGGAGAGAAUAUCAAGGGCUCCUUGACAUUUACCACUCGAAGACAGAUUGAUGUAACUAAAAUUGUGCUAUCAUUGAACGGUGUUGCGGUAUUAACUUACAUUGAAGGUAGCGGAGAAAGUAGCACCCGAUACGAACAAGAACUUGAUUUGUUUAGUCCUAGAGAAGUGCUUGUUUUUCCUAAUCCAGAUGCCACUUCCAGCAGUGGUAAUUACACAUUACCAAAGAAAUUCACCACAUCCUUUGACUACGACUUGACUUUUCCCAAGUUCAUUGACCCCGAAUUAGUUUCUUGUAGCAGACCUUUUUUUGAUAUCACGCCAAGUACUAACUCAUUCAAUGCCUCCGGGACCCAACGUUGUGAGAUAAGGUACUUCUUGAAGUUAGAUGUAAACUACAAAUCGUUCAGUUCCAAGCAGUCAAAGAUAUGGGAGUUCCAAUAUCAAAACAACGUUGGGAUUGACUACAUUAAUCGAAUCCUAAGAACUAAAGAGGAUGACAUGCAUGGCGAGUUUUUUAGCCAAAGCGAUGUUGACGAUGAUGAUGAAGACAUAUCUAUCCCGGAAACAGAGGACACAGAGCACCCCAUGUUGAAAUAUUGGAGAAAGGGUUACCGGGAUCAUAAAGAUUUUAAAAAUAAAAAGAAAAUAUUGAUUGACAGCAUAGCCGGUUCGAAAUCUAAAGAACCGGUACCAAAUGAGGCCAGUUUAUCCAAGUUGGACAAGCUCUUCCGGAGAAAGAAGGCGGACCAUGGGGUCAAUUUUUUCAAUAUCUUACUAACAAUUGCAAUAACCAAUAGCAGUCGAUUUAAUCGCCCCUUCAUAUUGAUUGGAGAGUCAUUGAGGAAUAAAUUUGACAUUGAGUUCUCGGUACCGUUCAACGAUCAUUAUCAGCUGUCCCAAAAUCAGAGCUCGAAGCUAUCGGCAUUCUACCUCAAAAAUAUAGCAGUCUUUGUCCGUACAACGGUGGGAGUCAGAAUAAGAGACCGGAGGUUUAAUAGUGGAUCUAUUACUCCUCGGCUGAUAUACUACAAACGAUGGAGUACCAGUGAUGCAGAUGGGCUUUUUGAGAUUGAUCUUUUAGAAAAAGGCAAGUUCAGCCCCGAGGACAAUACCCUGUCAUAUAAGCUUUCUCUGGACAAAUUUUUAGAAGGAGGGUUAAGGGACCCAAUUGUAUCCCCUCAUUUACCGCUGCGGACGUGGGUUCAUAAAUAUAACGAAGACAUUUUAAAGUCACUUAUGAAAAAUAUGGAGAAAUUUCCUGAUCUACAUCGAGUAUACCCAGAUUAUCAACUGAGGAAGCAUGCCAACAUCUGCUCUGAGUUAUAUUUCAGGAUUCAAGUUGCAGCUACUAAGGACGGUGACGACGUACACACUUUUAAGAUCUUCAGACCCGUCAUGUUGUUGGAGCAUCAAGAAGAUUCGAAAAUAGUAGACAUGGUGAACAAUCCGGAACUACCAGGCUAUGAAGACAUCCUUCCACAUUACACUGAGGUAGAUCACAACGGGAAGGAAGAAAAGGUAGCAAAGGUGGUUAGUUGCUAA